AAAAAAAAAAAAAAAAAAAAAAAAAAAAAAAAAAAAAAACCGACAAACCUCCACCACGACAUCGAUCCACGCAACCCCCACCCACUGUCAACACCUCACCUAGUUGCCUACAAAACAACCGCCCAGCCUACCUUAUCUACCUUGCCUACCACCUACCUGUAUCUAUUUUCCUUUACCUACUUGACGACGCCUUUCAGCACGACUGAGUUACUUUGCCUCAGCAUAUAUACCUGUGUUGUGAAACCAAUUUCAAUUCAAGAGCAACCGGAGGUAUCCAACAAAGAUUAUAGCAUCCACAGCGAUUCCUCACCACUGAAAUAAAGGUCGCGGCUUGUUUCCAACCAGUCCUGUCCUAACCACAGUCAUUACUGCCACCUACCGUUGUAUUCAUUCCUUGGCUCCAGUUUACUCUCAACUUGCUCGUUUACAUCUGUCGCAUUUCCAACAGAUUUCGCUCCCCUGAAAGGAGCUACUAGUUCGACUUGCCCGCAGCGAACAGCGUCAAAAGUGAACCACUUGGCCAGCGUGUCGUCGCCCCCACCAUACAAGGUCAAGCGGCCGCAGGUCACAAUUUAAAACCUCACAACCACCUGGCAUAGCGGGAAGCACCAUGGAUGCACAGAAGCCUCCAUCCGCGAUCGAUGCUGAAGUGACUCAGCACCUUGAGUCUAGCAGUGGCUCUGUCCUCGUUAGCAACGUCAAAAGCACUGCAGACUUGUCUCUCGUCGGAGACAGAGCUGCCGUCAGCAGAGCAAGGGUGCAGAACUGGCAAUUGGCCACGACGGGUUGGACUCCCCUGCAGCUUGGAAUGAGUGAAAAGAGGGGGCAGGAACUGAAGGCUUUUCUUCAGGAUGUCGAUCUUGUCAUGAAGCUGCAGACACCGGCGCAGGGUGAUGAUCGCGUUGAGCCUGACGACCAUCCUGAGGAGAACACCCAGGACAGCAAACCAUAAAUACCUACGUCAGGCCGACUGGAUCGCGCUUCAAGAUGUGGGGCAGGAACCCGAGCUGUACGGAGCUUCCGAAUUCGGAGCUCUUGUGGCUUGUGGCUGGGUCAGUGGCUCGUACAUCAAUCACGUGAUCAGCACCAUGCUGUGGUCGUGGUCGUGUUCGUGGAAACUGUGGGAGUUGUGGGAAACGCGCUCGCCAACAUCGUUGAGCAGUUGAUACGUCCGGUGUGUUUAUUUGUUUGUUUUAUUUUCCUUGACUGUAUCCUCGUUGUAUAGAUCGCCGGUGAUUUCUUUUGGAUAGAACGUUUUCGCGAGCUUUUGUUGCAGGCACAAAGCGUGGCUUUUGGAAUUCACGCCAAAUGAUGUUUCGCCGUCGUAUCGACACUAAGAGGUCGUUCUUCUUUGAAAAGAUGCGACAGGCUUGUCAUUGAUGUCAACAUUGAUGAACGAUGACAUGAUUGCUCUCGGUGUGAGGGGGGAGAGAGAGGAAGUGAGGAGAAGGCGGUCGGGCGGGUAUACUAAUAUUUCGACCAUUGCAUCAGACUGAGUCAGUGAUUGGUCCAGUCCAGACACGAGGCGCGGGGCUCCGGCCCCCUACUUAACUUUAUCAAGUCCAGAGUCUGGUAUUUUGGAAGAUGACAAGUAGCUUUGUUAGCUCUAUAGUGGUAUUUCCUUUUCCAAUUAGAACAGGGUUCCCACUUUUUAUUUUUAUUUUCUUACAACUUUCCAGGUCCAAAUGGAUAACGUUGCCAAGAAGCAUUUAUGCAGUUUUACGAACAAUUCGCUUAGUCUGUGCCCUUAGCACGACCAAGAUCCCUUC